UCCCAGCCUCCACCGUCAGGUGGCACCCUUGCACGGCCUUCACAGCCUGGGGCGUGACAGCUGCCGAGCGCGUCUGAGCCCCAGAGGAGGCCCCGCCUCCCUGCACGCAGCCGUGGGCGCCGGUGAUGGCGCAGCUCCCUAAGCUCGCCGUCUUCGAUCUGGAUUACACGCUCUGGCCGUUCUGGGUGGACACGCACGUAGACCCCCCAUUCCACAAGAGCAGUGAUGGAUCUGUGCGAGACAGUCAGGGCAGGACCAUCCGACUGUACCCAGAGGUGCCCGAGGUCCUGGAUCGAUUUCGAGGCCUUGGGGUACCCAUUGCAGCUGCUUCACGGACAGGUGAAAUUGAAGGGGCCAACCAGCUACUGGAGCUCUUUGACCUCGCCAGAUACUUUGUUCAAAGGGAAAUCUAUCCAGGCAGCAAGGUCACACACUUUGAGAGGCUGCAGAAGAAGACUGGAGUUCCUUUCUCCCAGAUGAUCUUCUUCGAUGAUGAGAAGCGGAAUAUUGUAGAUGUCAGCAAACUGGGUACUGAGCGGUGUUACCUGCAUUCAUGUUCACAAUGGGAUGAAUCUUCAAAUCCUAACUCAGGGAUUAGAGACAUUUGCAAAGGCCCACGCAGGACCCUGAGGUCCAGUCCUGUGGAGGAGACUCAUUUGAGGCAUAAAACUCAAGAAAACUGGGAAUGCUUUUUCAGGUGCAUGUGUAAAUUAUAAAGUGUAUUUGUGUGUCAGAAGAAAUCUUA